AUGAUAACUAAUACUCCACCCAGCGUAUCUUUAGACUUCAUUUACGUUGAACCCUCAGUGUCGCGAUUCCGGUUCCCACUUUACCGGUAUGUUAUAAUAAAUUUUUUAUUUAUUCUACAUUACAGUGAAUUAUCAGCGCUAUCAAUAGUGAUGAUAAACGAAAAGAAAGAAGUGACAGGGUUCAUUGCUUUCUCCGACCAUCCUGACAUACUAGGGGUACAUCCUAGUGAGUGGGAAAACUGGAUACGGAACUCCUAUCAGCGUUACUACCUGUCUCGUAACACACUGUUCAUCCACUUCAUGUGUUGUACCGACGCUGUUAAGGACUUCUUUAUAGAGGAGGCGUUUAUCGCGGUGUUCCUCAAUGACUACUACCUACAGUACAUUGUGUUGUCAGUUCCUAUGUUCUGUCCAGAAGAAUUAAUAACGAGGUAUUUAACAUACAAGAAACGUAACAUCUACAAAUAUUUACCGAGGGUCAAAGAGGGGAUUGGUGAUUAUUUGCUAACAGCAUUGAGAGCUGACUUCUGUCCUAAGCUCAAGAUGCGUAGAGCAGUAGAAGAAGACAAUGAUGAUUUAGUAGACAUUUUGGAUAAAAAGUGUCCUCGUCUAAAGCGAUUGUACGGCGAAUACUAUAUCAGUGAAAUUAUUGGAAGACAUCCAGAGAGUACCAGGCAAAUUAUCGUGGCUGAUAUCCAAGGCCGAGCCGUAGCGGUUAUGUGCUUGAACACAGACAUAAACUAUAAGAAACUGCAGAAAAUAUAUGAGUUGCGUCCUUAUCACGGGCUUAAGACCGCUACACCUCUUGAGAGAGAACAGACUAGGAGGAGUAAUGUACUCCUCUCUGAUUUUGGGGAGCCUAUAAUGCUUGGCAAAUGGAGUCCUUUUGACCAGGCUUCGAGAAUAAAACGACAUCGGUCUAGUGAUGCCAAAGUAAAAACACUACGACAAAACAUGAAGAAUUCCAGUAGAGUGAAUUUCCAAGCUCGCGCCGGUAGCAUGGAACACAUUAUAGCAAGAUCCCAGUCAGAAGACUUCAGUGAAAUGGGCGAUCUGCCUUCACCUUCACUGUCAGCAUCAUUAUACUCAGUUGUUAACUUACUGGACGAAGAUCCCUUUGAUUACGAAAUAGUUAAUAUUGAUACGACGCUUAUAUUGACGGAAACCAGAUCUCAGGAAUUGUUUCGGAGCGCUAUAUCCUUAGCGGGGAAAUCGUCUUUUGAGGCUAAUUCUUCAUUUACUAAAUCAAGUAAAAUAGAAGCACGCAGUUCCUUGCAAGAGUAA